CGUAAUAAUGCUGCACAUCUUGUUUUAUUUUUCACAGGCCGUAUGUGCAGAAAAACAACCUCAGUGAAAGAACAGAGGAUAAAUGACUCCAUAAAUCUAAAACUACAUUUACGGCGUCUCCUAUUUGAAUUCAGCGAUGAAGCCUUGACCCUCUUCAUAUCAAUAAGGUCUUUCUAGUCUGCUGAAAAAUAUUUUAAUGCACUUGUUUUGCUCUGUGUUUAAACGGAGAAAGCACAAGUUUUGUGUCGAGGCGAUUCUCUGAGAGGCGGUGAUUGAGUCUACACGGUUCUCAUGUGGUAGAUAAGUUCACAGCGCCGCCCAGCAGAGCUUCAUUAUUCACUGCUAGUUGUAGGUGAAGGUUCCUGCUCAGAGAAAUGGCUGAAACUGCUCCAGCACCCGCUGCCUCACCGGCGAAGGCUCCCAAGAAGAAAGCGGCGUCCAAGCCCAAGAAAGCGGGCCCAAAUGUUCGCGACCUCAUCGUCAAGACUGUGACCGCAUCAAAGGAGAGAAACGGCGUGUCUCUCGCAGCCCUGAAGAAGGCUCUCUCCGCCGGUGGAUAUGAUGUGGAGAAGAACAACUCCCGCGUCAAAACCGCCGUCAAGGCAUUGGUAACCAAUGGCACUCUGGCCCAAACCAAAGGCACAGGCGCCUCCGGUUCAUUCAAGCUCAACAAGAAGCAAGCCGAGCCCAAGAAGGCAGCCAAGAAAACCGCCGCGAAGGCCAAGAAACCAGCCGCUAAGAAAUCUCCCAAGAAGGUGAAGAAACCAGCGGCCACAUCUGUGAAGAAGGCGACAAAGAGCCCCAAGAAAGCCAAGAAGCCAGCAGCUGCCAAGAAGGCCACCAAGAGCCCCAAGAAGGCAAAGAAACCAGUAGCGGCCAAGAAAGCAGCCAAGAGCCCCAAGAAGGUGAAGGCAGUCAAGCCCAAAACAGCCAAACCCAAGGCGGCGAAGCCUAAAAAGGCGGCUCCUAAGAAGAAGUAAUCGACUAUUUCUGCUCGAUUCUUCCUAAAACCCAAACGGUUCUUUUAAGAGCCACUUACAUAACAGUGAAGAGUAUGAUUUCAACAAUUAGAGCGCGUUUCAGGAUUGCUCUAAAACUGGUAUAUCCUCAACGUACAUGCUUAAAACAGCAACUUAACACAUCAACAUGAAUACAGGGCCGAAAACGCAAGUAGUUUAGAUUUGAAAGAAUCCCUUAUGAGGAUAUUCUCGACUAUUAAAACUAUGUUUUAUGCAUUUUAUGAAUUAAAUGAUAGUUAAAGGGCUAAAAUACAGCACUGGUUGUGACACUAAUUCAGAACAAAUCAGCUCAAAUAUCUCUACCACAACAAAUUCUCAC